AUGGCGGUAGGCUUACCUUGGUUAUUCUUCUGUCUUUUUGCUUUACAUGGAGCACUUGGAUAUUCCAAAAACAAUUUGGAAGAUAAGAUUGAGAAUCUGGAAAAGAAACUGGAACACAUGUAUGAUAUUGUCACCGAAUUAACAUCAGAAAAUGUGGAUCUUAAAUUCAGAUUGAAGGCUCUGGAGGAUUUGGUGAUCGAUGGAAAACAUUUCGAAAACCGUCAACGUGAGCUUUUCAGAGAGUCUAGGAAUUCAAAUGCUGAGCAAAAAACAAACAAUUCGGAAAACCAAAGUGGCAAGAAUAUAGUUGAACGAAAAAUCCCUGAAUCUGAUAUCAAGAAUGAUAUUUCUUUAAAAAGAAAACGAAUGGUGCCACCGAUAUCCAUACCAACAGGGGUGGUCGCUUUUCAUGCUUAUAUCUCAAAAAACAACAGUGGUCCUCUUGUCACACAUCACAUUGUACAGUUUGAUGUCGUCACAUUAAAUCGGGGCAACGGUUACAACGCUUUUGACGGAAUAUUCAUAGUUCCCGCCAUAGGAACCUACGUGUUCUCGUGGUCUUUUAUGUCUGAUUCUCAGGGUAAUGUUUGCACUCAAUUGAUGAGAAAUGCAGAGAUCCUUUGUACCAGAUUUGCCGACUCAACCACUUUAACAGGCUGGGACUUUGCAACCGGGGUUGUAGUUACUGAUGCUAAUCAAGGUGACCACGUGUAUGUUCGUAUGGGACAAAACUCUUUGGGUAAAGUGCGAAGUGUUGAUCAGAGUACAACUACUUUUUCUGGUUGGCUAUUAUCUUGA